AUGUACGGCCGCGACCCUUACACCUUCAUCAACGCCUCACACGUCCCGGACGCCGUCCUCGGAGUGAUCACGAAGAUUCUCAUAUCCUGGGAUCAAGCAUGCACGGACUACGAAUAUGUCAACGCCUUCCACCCUGAUGGCAUCCUGCAUGUCACCCCUCAGCCGGCUGUCAGCGAAGCAGCCAUGAGGAAACUACACGACGACAUGAUUCAUUCGAACAACGGUCCCAUUGUGUCGCUCCAGCAUUACCUUGACCGAGUCUUCCUCAUGUCCGGCGCACCAGAUGGGAAGGCUGAAGUCGUUUUCACAGGGAAACUGACCAGUGUAUUGAAAUCUGGGAAGGAGGUCACCACGGAUUUUGCCACCUGGAUCGUGGCUCGCCCGGACAUUGCUGGGGUUCUGAAGGUGGAGUUGCUGCGAGUGUUUUCGGACACGAGCGAAUUGAUGAUGAAUAUUGGUGAGAUGAUGGCGGCACAGAGCUAG